GCCGCUGCCAUGGCCGAAGUGCGCAAAUUCACCAAGCGGCUCAGCAAGCCUGGCACGGCGGCCGAGCUCCGUCAGAGCGUGUCGGAGGCCGUGCGGAGCUCCGUGGUGCUGGAAAAGACCAAAGUUGUUGAGCCCUUGGACUAUGAGAAUGUUAUCGCCCAAAGAAAAACUCAGAUUUACAGUGACCCGCUCCGAGACCUGCUUAUGUUUCCAAUGGAAGAUAUAUCUAUCUCUGUGAUCAGUCGUCAACGCCGAACGGUCCAGUCCACUGUACCAGAAGAUGGUGAGAAGAGGGCCCAGAGUUUGUUUGUCAAAGAGUGUAUUAAAACCUAUAGCACAGAUUGGCACGUGGUGAACUACAAGUAUGAAGACUUCUCUGGAGACUUUCGAAUGCUGCCAUGCAAGUCUCUGCGACCAGAAAAGAUUCCCAAUCAUGUAUUUGAGAUUGAUGAGGACUGUGAGAAGGAUGAGGAUUCAUCAUCUUUAUGCUCUCAGAAGGGUGGUGUGAUCAAACAAGGCUGGUUGCAUAAAGCCAAUGUAAAUAGCACCAUCACGGUUACCAUGAAGGUGUUCAAGAGACGGUAUUUUUACUUAACUCAGCUUCCUGAUGGUUCAUAUAUUCUCAAUUCAUAUAAAGAUGAGAAAAAUUCAAAAGAAUCCAAAGGUUGCAUCUACUUGGAUGCUUGCAUCGAUGUUGUUCAGUGCCCCAAAAUGCGCCGUCAUGCUUUUGAACUCAAGAUGUUAGAUAAGUAUAGCCAUUAUCUGGCUGCUGAAACUGAGCAGGAAAUGGAGGAAUGGUUGAUAACUUUGAAAAAGAUUAUUCAGAUCAAUACUGACAGUUUAGUGCAAGAGAAAAAGGAGACGGUGGAAAUAGCACAAGAUGAUGAAACUAGCAGCCAAGGAAAAGCCGAGAACAUCAUGGCCAGUUUGGAAAGGAGCAUGCAUCCGGAACUGAUGAAGUAUGGAAGAGAAACUGAACAACUAAACAAGCUCAGUAGAGGAGAUGGAAGACAGAAUCUCUUUUCUUUUGAUUCAGAAGUUCAGAGGUUGGACUUUUCAGGAAUUGAACCUGAUAUAAAGCCAUUUGAGGAAAAGUGCAAUAAACGUUUCUUGGUAAAUUGCCAUGAUUUAAUGUUCAAUAUCUUGGGUCAUGUUGGAGACAAUGCAAAAGGACCACCCACAAACGUUGAACCCUUUUUUAUUAAUCUUGCCUUGUUUGAUGUGAAGAACAACUGUAAGAUUUCAGCUGACUUCCACGUAGACUUGAAUCCCCCAUCUGUCCGUGAAAUGCUGUGGGGCCCUUCAAACCAACCAGCUACUGAUGGUACCCCAAGAGGCUCUUCACCUGAAUCUUUCAUUCACGGAAUUGCUGAAUCUCAGUUACGCUACAUAAAGCAGGGAAUUUUCUCAGUGACAAAUCCACAUCCUGAAAUUUUCCUGGUUGCAAGAAUUGAAAAGGUUCUCCAAGGAAACAUCACACACUGCGCGGAACCCUACAUCAAAAAUUCCGACCCAGCAAAGACGGCCCAGAAGGUACACAGGACAGCUAAGCAAGUGUGUAGCCGCCUUGGACAAUACAGAAUGCCCUUUGCUUGGGCUGCCAGGCCCAUUUUCAAAGAUAUUCAAGGCUCUCUGGACCUGGAUGGGAGAUUUUCUCCUUUGUAUAAACAAGAUAGUAGCAAGCUUUCCAAUGAAGACAUUCUCAAGUUGCUCUCAGAAUACAAGAAGCCAGAGAAGACCAAAUUGCAGAUUAUUCCUGGGCAGCUAAACAUCACAGUAGAAUGUGUUCCUGUGGAUUUUUCAAAUUGUAUUACAUCUUCAUAUGUGCCUCUGAAGCCCUUUGAAAAGAAUUGUCAAAAUAUUACUGUGGAAGUUGAAGAGUUUGUUCCAGAAAUGACAAAAUAUUGUUACCCAUUUACCAUUUACAAAAACCAUCUAUAUGUAUAUCCCUUGCAAUUAAAAUAUGAUAGCCAGAAAACAUUUGCCAAGGCAAGGAACAUUGCGGUCUGUGUGGAAUUCCGGGAUUCAGAUGAAAGUGAUGCUAGCGCCCUAAAGUGUAUCUAUGGAAAACCUGCAGGGUCUGUCUUUACCACAAACGCUUAUGCUGUUGUCUCGCAUCACAACCAAAAUCCAGAGUUCUAUGAUGAGAUAAAAAUUGAGCUUCCCAUUCACCUGCAUCAAAAACAUCAUUUACUUUUCACUUUUUAUCACGUAAGUUGUGAAAUAAACACAAAGGGAACAACCAAAAAGCAGGACACAGUUGAAACUCCAGUUGGCUUUGCCUGGGUACCUUUACUGAAGGAUGGUAGAAUCAUCACUUUGGAGCAGCAGCUGCCAGUUUCUGCCAAUCUUCCCCCAGGCUACUUGAAUCUGAAUGAUGCAGAAUCCAGAAGGCAAUCGAAUGUGGAUAUUAAGUGGGUAGAUGGUGCAAAGCCUUUGUUGAAGAUCAAAAGCCACUUAGAGUCUACCAUUUACACUCAAGAUCUGCAUGUGCACAAAUUCUUCCAGCAUUGCCAGCUGAUUCAGUCAGGCUCGAAAGAAGUUCCCGGGGAGCUCAUUAAAUAUUUAAAGUGUUUGCAUGCCAUGGAGAUCCAAGUCAUGAUACAGUUUCUACCUGUAAUUCUUAUGCAACUCUUCCAAGUUCUCACAAACAUGACCCAUGAAGAUGACGUUCCUUUCAACUGCACCAUGGUUCUCUUACAUAUUGUAUCAAAGUGCCAUGAAGAAGGCUUGGAUAAUUAUUUAAGAUCCUUCAUUAAGUAUAGCUUCCGACCUGAAAAACCCAGUGCUCCUCAGGCCCAGCUGAUACAUGAAACUCUUGCGACUACAAUGAUAGCGAUAUUGAAACAGUCUGCAGACUUUUUAGCAAUAAACAAAUUGCUAAAGUACUCAUGGUUUUUCUUUGAAAUUAUUGCAAAGUCUAUGGCCACAUACUUGCUGGAAGAGAAUAAAAUUAAGCUUCCAAGAGGCCAGAGGUUUUCUGAGGCAUAUCAUCAUGUCUUACAUUCACUGCUUCUUGCAAUAAUUCCCCACGUGACUAUUCGCUAUGCAGAGAUUCCAGAUGAGUCCAGAAAUGUCAAUUAUAGUUUGGCUAGCUUCUUGAAGCGCUGUCUGACCCUAAUGGAUAGAGGAUUUGUUUUCAAUUUGAUAAAUGACUAUAUAUCUGGAUUCAGCCCCAAAGAUCCUAAGGUUCUGGCUGAAUACAAGUUUGAAUUUCUGCAAACAAUUUGCAAUCAUGAACAUUACAUUCCUCUGAAUUUGCCAAUGGCUUUUGCCAAACCUAAACUUCAGCGAGUUCAAGAUUUUUUUUCAUUUGCGGUGGACCGUUUGACUUCAGUAGAUUCAAAUCUUGAAUACAGUUUAUCAGAUGAGUAUUGCAAGCAUCACUUCUUGGUUGGUCUGCUUCUGAGGGAAACCUCCAUUGCUCUUCAAGACAAUUAUGAGAUCAGAUAUACAGCUAUCUCUGUCAUAAAGAAUCUUUUGAUAAAACAUGCAUUUGACACUAGAUACCAGCACAAGAACCAACAAGCCAAAAUAGCACAGUUGUACCUCCCAUUUGUUGGACUGCUUUUGGAAAAUAUACAGCGAUUAGCAGGUCGAGAUACAUUGUAUUCUUGUGCAGCCAUGCCUAAUUCUGCAUCCAGGGAUGAGUUUGCAUGUGGCUUCACUUCACCUACAAAUAGAGGGAGUCUGAGCACUGACAAAGACACUGCUUAUGGGUCUUUUCAAAAUGGACAUGGAAUUAAGAGGGAAGAUUCAAGAGGUUCACUCAUCCCAGAAGGAGCAACUGGAUUUCCAGAUCAGGGGAGCACUGGUGAAAAUACUCGGCAGAGUUCUACAAGGAGUAGUGUAUCCCAGUAUAACCGAUUGGAUCAAUAUGAAAUCAGAAGCCUCUUGAUGUGCUAUUUGUAUAUAGUAAAAAUGAUUUCUGAAGAUACACUCUUAACCUACUGGAACAAAGUAUCUCCCCAGGAGCUCAUAAACAUUCUCAUACUUCUAGAAGUAUGUUUGUUUCACUUUAGAUACAUGGGGAAAAGAAACAUAGCAAGGGUGCAUGAUGCCUGGCUGUCAAAACACUUUGGAGUAGACCGAAAAUCACAAACCAUGCCAGCUCUUCGAAACAGAUCAGGAAUAAUGCAGGCCCGACUUCAGCAUCUUAGUAGCCUGGAAAGUUCAUUUACACUUAAUCACAGUUCUUCAACAACUGAAGCAGACAUUUUCCACCAGGCACUUCUUGAAGGAAAUACUGCUACUGAAGUUUCCCUAACAGUGCUAGAUACCAUAUCAUUUUUCACUCAGUGUUUCAAGAGUCAACUUUUAAAUAAUGAUGGCCACAACCCAUUAAUGAAAAAAGUAUUUGAUAUUCAUCUUGCUUUUCUUAAAAAUGGGCAGUCUGAAGUGUCGCUGAAACAUGUCUUUGCCUCACUGCGAGCGUUCAUUAGUAAGUUUCCUUCGGCCUUUUUCAAAGGAAGGGUAAACAUGUGUGCUGCAUUUUGCUAUGAGGUUUUAAAGUGCUGCACGUCAAAGAUAAGCUCAACCAGGAACGAAGCCUCUGCACUUUUGUAUCUUCUGAUGAGAAACAACUUUGAGUACACCAAAAGGAAAACCUUUUUAAGGACACAUCUGCAGAUAAUAAUAGCUGUAAGCCAGCUGAUAGCAGAUGUAGCACUAAGUGGAGGAUCGAGAUUUCAGGAGUCUUUAUUCAUUAUCAAUAACUUUGCAAACAGUGACAGACCUAUGAAGGCAACUGCUUUUCCCUCAGAAGUCAAAGACUUGACCAAGAGAAUCCGAACUGUUCUUAUGGCCACAGCUCAAAUGAAGGAGCAUGAGAAGGACCCUGAAAUGCUAAUUGAUCUCCAGUAUAGCUUAGCCAAGUCCUACGCAAGUACCCCAGAGCUCAGGAAAACCUGGCUUGAUAGCAUGGCCAAGAUUCAUAUAAAAAAUGGAGAUUUUUCAGAGGCAGCAAUGUGUUAUGUCCACGUAGCGGCUUUGGUUGCAGAGUUUCUUCACCGAAAAAAAUUAUUCCCUAAUGGAUGUUCAACCUUCAAAAAUAUUACUCCCAACACUGAUGAAGAAGGAGCAAUGAAAGAGGAUGCUGGAAUGUUGGAUGUCCAUUAUAGUGAA